GAACAUAUCUUACAUUCUUUUAGUCUCUUUUAUAAUUUAGAGUUUCACAUAGCUAUUUCUGAUUUGUUGUCAUUAUGUGUAAUGCUGCCUUGAAAUUUUAGUCUAUUGUACCUAAAGCCGGAGUCUUUGAAUUGCUUUCUUUUGCAAGCAUCUGUCAUAAGAUGGUAUUAUAAACACCGGUGCCUAUAAUGGGCAAUUGGCUUUGUUUGGCUUAAAUGGUAGGACAUGUUUGUCAAUCUAUAUUUUUAAGUGAUUAUUUUGUAAUUUUUUUCCCAAAAAUAUACAAAUAAAGAAGUCGACAUGAACGAGAAAGCGAUUCCAUCUUACCUAACAUCGUCUUCGUGGAGUAAAAUUAAUGGCACUCAUUUAACGUGUUCGGCGUUACGUUCUAGAUGUUGACAGCUAUGGGUAUCUUCGGCAAGUGUUGCAUACCUAGGCCUCAUCGCUUGCAUGAAGCUCUGCCUCUUGGUCUAUAUAGUUGAAACUUGUGCCUGUGAAUUACCUCAUUCAACAAAUUCUCUCCUGAAAAACUCCUUAUAUAUUACCAUUUCUGAAUUUUCUUCUCUUGCUUCAAAAUCCGAAAAUCACUCAAAGAUAUAAGUUGUAGAAUCAUCUUUAUUGAUGGACAGAGGCCUUCCGAUCCUUCCUAUGUAGGCAGAGAAUUGAGACUUGCUCUGUUGAACCUGAUGGCAGGUUUUGAUCCUUCAAGUAGACGAUAAAACAAGCCGGAUAUGGCAACCAAAAAGCCGCAGAGUGGAGUGGAUGACAAACAUUGUGAAGUUAAACACACAUCUAAGACAACCCUCAUGGAAACCGAUAUUCCUUAUUCAAUUUCAGCCACACCUUGAUCCAAACCAUUCCACCAUCGUUUUACUCACAAAUAGAGGCAUUAUCUAAAACCAAUUUCAAAAACCAAGAAAACGAAAAAAAACUAGAAAAGCACAGGUUAUAAAGUUUAAAAACUAAAACUCCAAUCCUUAGCCACCAACUACAUUGUUCAACGCAGACGGUUAUGAGUUAGCCAAGGAACAAUGCGUGGUGUUCUGUGCAGAAUCAGCCCAAGACUAGGGCCACAUUUAAACCAAAGGUGGCGCCAACACUAUCUCAAGCACACUCACUGGUCAGAUGGGUAUCCCGAAACCACCUUCCUCCGGCCACUUGUCAGCCAACCCACCACCCCAUUGGCAAUCUCUCGUUACUUCACUCUUGUUGUUUCUCUUCUCUCUUUCUAUUUGCAGUUUCAUGGCCUUUUUCUCUCUCCACAACCGAUCCCUCUGCACCACUUGACGCGUUUCUCAUGCUUUUUUCACACCUGGACUCACCCUAAUGGAAGCAUCUUACAUCCCCAUGACCUUAUUGAGCCACACUUUGUUCUCACUCAAAACAGAAAAGAAGAACACACACAAAGUAGUGCACUCUCAUCAACCUUCUCUGAUCGUAACCAGCCCUGCAAUCCCUUAGACUCAUCAUCAUCACAUUGCACCUUUGUCCUAAUGGAGAAUUCUUACAUUCCCUUGUUCUCCACCACAGCCACCUCCAGCACCACCCCAAUCACCACCACAACAACCACCCAUUCCCCCUCAAACAUGGAUUGGUCUCAGAAUUCUGACUUCUCCAUGUUUGAACCAAUGAACUCUCAGUUUCAACAUCCAUCACAGCUUUUGUCACCUAACCAGAGCCUGCAAUUCCCAUACAACCAUUCCAUAGAGCAGGCUCCUGUGUAUCCUUUCUUUACGGGGCAAAAGGGGUUUGAAUUUGGGGUAUGUAAGGAACAAGAGAGAAGAACCAAUGAUCCUUAUAGAACAAGGCUUGCAAGGAUUAACAGAAAGUUGGCACGGCAAAGAAGCCUCCAAAGAAAUGCUAAUUCAGGGGCUUCAACACAAGUAGAUGCAAGGAGACUGAUAAACUCUGGUGCUGACACUGAUACAAAUAAAAACAAGGAUACCAAAAAGGAUCUAUACAGGUUUUGCACAGCAGAUAACAAGAGAUUAAGGGUGUUGCUAAAGAAAGAGCUGAAGAACAGUGAUGUUGGGUCCCUUGGGAGAAUAGUUCUUCCAAAGAGAGACGCAGAGGUAAACCUUCCACCACUAUCUGAUAAAGAAGGAAUACAAGUUAUGAUCAAGGAUGUAUACUCUAACCAUAUGUGGACCCUCAAAUACAAGUUCUGGUCCAAUAAUAAGAGCAGAAUGUAUGUGCUGGAAAACACUGGGGAUUUUGUAAAGCAAAAUGGACUAGGAACUGGAGAUUCCCUUACACUUUAUGAGGAUGAAAGCAAGAACCUUUAUUUUUCUAUAACAAAGGUGGCAACGGUUGCUGUCGAGUCUUCAAGCAAUCAACAAUACUACCAUAACGUAAACAAUAAUGGCGAAGAAGGCAACGACAACAGCAACAAUAUGUAUUUGCCAUUUACAUCCCAGUCUAAAGAUGAUGAAGCAGCAUCUUUAGAGUUAUUUAUGGAGCAACAAGAACCUAAUGAUUUUAUCAUGACUUUGCCUAUGGAUUCUACUUAUGGUUCACAUACGAUGUUCCCUGAGGAAACCAGACAUUUACCUAACAACGUCGAUCAAAUGCCGUCGUUGUCAAGAAGUGUCGACGAUAUUUCUAUCAACUUUGACGACUGCUAUGGGGGUCUUGAUAUGUUACCUGAGGCAAAUCAAUACAAUUUUUCUUUUUGAUAUGGAAGCAUAUCAGUGGUAGGAUUCAUGGGCUCAUACAACAGUUUAGAAUCAAAAUAAUAAUUUAGUUCUUGUUUUUUCCUUUAUAGAUAAAUAUAUAUAUAUUUAUUUGAUAUUUUCUCUUUUAUUAGAGUUCAAUGUUUAUGUUUAUUCUUCAAUGUAAAUGAUUCCCAAUUGGGGUGGAAAGAAAUUAUAGUUAAGAAUUUUCUCUUGUUUA